UUUCCUCCAUGGCCAUGGAGAACAUCGUCAUCACACACACACACACACACACACACACACACACACACACUCUUCACAAGUUCCCACUAUUUCCUGUCCCUCUUGAGUUGAGUCUCUCCCGGCCGGCCUUUCCCCUCCUGCCUGAUGGCCCAGAAGGUGGUGCUGAGGAUUCCCACCAUGACCGACGACAAGACCAAGCAGAAAGCCAUGGAGGCCGUCGCCGACAUCUACGGUAUCGACUCGAUAGCCGCAGACCUCAAGGACAACAAGAUGACCGUCAUCGGUGCUAUGGACACGGUGGCCAUCGCCAAGAGGCUCAAGAAGCUCGGCAAGAUCGACAUCGUCUCGGUCGGGCCGGCAAAGGAGGAGAAGAAGCCGGCGCCGGCUGCGGAGAAGAAGGGCGAGGUUAAGAAGGAUGACAAGAAAGAGGAGAAGAAAGACGACAAGAAGUGAAAGCAACCCAUUGCAGAAGGAGAAGCCCAACAUCACCACGCAAACGGCAACAGCAACAAAAAGUCUUUGACAUCUGAGGCUCUGAUGGAGUGCUAGACAGCUAAUUAUAAUCUCCACUGGGAAAUGAGAUCGCUUUGCGUACUGUACUGGUAUAGUGCACUACAGACAUCAAGUCAAAUCAAAUAUCAGAUCAGUGUGUGUGUACAUGUGACUCUGGGUUCGCCUGAUUGGUGAUGACAUGAAUCCUACUCUAUCAGCCAACUUCAGGCAAUUUUUGACUA